AGAGGAUUCAAGCAUCUGAGGAAGAUGAGGGCAUCCACGAGGGAAUGCGUUCAUGUGAGCUUGAUGACAACAUGUUUAUGCCUCAGGCCGUUGCAGUUUUGCCCCACUUCACAUGCAUAGUGCCGCAAAGGAAAAAAAAAAAGUAGAAUUAAGAGCACGAUCAAAAGACGACAGCGACAGCGAAGUUCAAACCCAAUGGAUCGAUGACUUGCACAUCUACAUAUUACGAGAUCUUAGACAUUCCAUCGGCUCUUCAAAAUGAAUCACACAUUCCGGUAGCAACUUUGCGAAGCGCAUAUCGACGCGCACUUCUUCGGAACCAUCCAGACAAAUCUCCAGGCCAAGAACUUGGUCCUACAAACAAAAACAAAACCAUUUACACAAUCGAUCAAAUAUCCGUGGCUUUCUCUCACUUAUCGGACUCCAAACUACGAGCACAGUAUGACAAGGAAUUGCGAUUGCAGAAUCGUUCAAUAAAUGGGGCUGGACAAAAAGAAAGAGAGGUUUUCCGAACGGGGGUCGAGGUAGUGGAUUUAGACGAUUUGAAUGUCGAAGAAGAAGAUGGGAUCUGGUAUAGAAGUUGCAGAUGUGGAGAUGAUCGAGGAUUCUUGAUUCGGGAGCAAGAUCUAGAAGAUGCGGCUGAAGAUGGCGAGAUCAGUGUGGGCUGUAAGGGAUGCAGUCUCUGGCUCAAGGUUCUUUUUGGUGUAAUGGAGGAUCUGCCGGACGAUAAGGUUUCGGGUGCAUAGAUGCAGGUAAUAAAGGAUAUUGGUAUCUACCUGGUUUGCGGUCGGAGGCUGAAUACAACAUGAGGUACGAUAAUGCAACGCAAAUAUGACAAUAGGAAGCUUCAAUAAAGAGUCACCGAGUUCACCAACCAGGGGAAAUACAAUGUCAUGGCAGACGCUAGGGAACUUUACAUAUAUGAAUUCCUUAGAAUGUAACUGUAAGUAAUAACUGCUACGAGAAUGUAUCGAUAUCUAGAUAGAUAGAUAUCAACUGUUCUAAAAAAGAUGUACCGUCUUCCUAUGACUUCCAAUCAAAGCUCGCAAGCUAUUGGUCGCCUCAAACUUGCGGUGGUUGUAAAUCUUCCUCUUGCAACAACCAAAGUAAACCUUACGGUAAAUAUUGGAGCACGUCAACACAUCGUAGGAGAAAAAACGAUCAAGUGCUGUUCGUGCCGUUUAAGUUGCUUGAGGAAGAAAGAAUUGGA